AUGCUGACAGUCAGAUCACAGGCGCUUGAAGGGAACCCAAACCAAGGCAGUCCCCACAGAGAAAGACGAGCCAUAGCUUUAUUCAUUCCGAUACUCGGCUUUGGGACGCACAGUUCUCAGAAAAAACUGGCCGCAUUAAUGAAAGGAGAGUACCCUUCAAUGAAUCAACAAGAAACACGUUUCAGACGAGAAAAGUCUAGGACAUUCACCAGAAUGCGCCAAGAACCAACCGAAACCUUCAUUGAGCCACCGGGAGAAUCACUUAUGACUCUGCUUCUCCGAGGGUAUUUGAGGCCCAGAAGGAACGACACCUCACUUCACUGCCGACGUACUCUUGAUCAGUUCACUUAUCGUACCCUCGAGAGUACUCAGGAAAGGGAUGACAAUCAGGUUAUGCUGAAGUGGAGUAGGAAACACCGCCAGGAUAUAAACUCCUCCAAAUAUCCUCUACUUAUGGUAGACCAACUCUGGCUAUGGAUUCUGGACGACAAAGAUAACACAGUUGUCACAUGCUGUCUUGAUUCCGACUCCGAUCAUCCGACAACGAACGAUAGCCUUUUGUAUCACAUGCGAGCGAGGCUCAAGUCGAAAAACAGCCGUCCCCUCAUUCAAUCUGGGCUGGAAUUGGCACAUUUGAUCAUCAAGUGCAGCGUCACGUUUCUGCGCCGGCAGGGACCCCUGCAUGCCUCACUUCAGGAAACAUUUGAGACCAGUAUAAACGAGGUUUCCAAUGAGCUAUCACAGCAGUUCAAAAGCUUCCAGGAGCUGGUCAAAAGGCUUGACGCCAAGAAGAUAACCCAGCGAGAGAAACUCAAACUUACCGACAAACUCUUUGAGCUUACCAAGGAAACUGCCCUUGUGUCUAACAUCAUGGAUAUCCAAAAUGAACUCAAGACAAUCAGGAGUGUUUUUCUCGCCCAACAAGAAGCCAUCAGGCAGUUCCGAGAGCUGGCGCCCAUGUUUUCCAGCUGUUCGACAUCAGCUGAGACAAACCAGCCAAAGAAGAAGAAGGCUAUGAGAAAACCUUUAGGGGAAAAUCAAGUCAAGGAUAAUGUUAAGCUGAUAAAGUCGAACAUUGAGGCGGUGGAUGAACUGGCUAGGGAUGCCGAGAACAUACACAGAGAGCUGAAUAACCUGCUCGAUCUCAAGCAGAAGCUUGCCAACGUCUGGGAGGCCAGAUUUGCGCGGAUUGGCACUGAACAGGCUCGUCGCCAGGGGAAUGUAUGUCAUAUUUUAAUCCAGUUCAAGCUGUGCUACCAGUGA